AUGUCAAUGUGGUCAACAAUGGAUUUUAGCCUUUUUCUAUAUGAUCCACAAAUAGAAGAUUAUUUUUGGGCAAUACUACUUGCUAUUCCUCUUUCUAUAAUAAUUAAAUUAGUUUUAGAAUUAAAAAAUAAUCAAAAUAAUAAUAAUGAUUUAAAAUUAAACAUAAAUGACCCGGUAUAUAUUUUAGAUGAUAAACUAAUUAAAAUAUAUCAAUCUAUUAAAAACAACAGAAUUAUCGAUGAAAAUAUUAUAAACCAAUUUAUUUCAGAAUUCAUGGAACUACUUUUAGAGAAAGGUUUCAGUGACGACCACACCUAUUUUAUUGCAACUUCAUUUAAGGUGUUAGAAAUAUUAAUUAUAAAAAACAAAAAAAAAGCAAAACAAUUUUAUAAUUACAAUUAUAUAGAAGCUUUAAUAUAUUUUUUAAAUUAUCCAAAUAAAGCAUAUUCGGCAAAUUUAUUACAAGUUUUAUUAAAAAUUGUUCGUUUUGACAAAAGAUCAAAACAAAUAAUUUUAAAUAGUAAAACUAUUUUACAAAUAAUUGAAAUAUUAGACAAUUUAGAAAAUAAAAACUUUCAAUAUUAUGAAUAUAAAAUUUUAUGUGAAGUUCGCUCUUUUCCAGAAUCAAUGCAAUACCUAAUACCACAUUUAAAAAAGGAACUAAUAUUCCAACUUUAUGAAAAUGAAGAUACUGAAAAAGAUAGAAAUAUCAUUUGUAUAUGCAAAAGUUUAAAUAUACAUUGUGUAUAUUUAUAUAACAAUAUUUUUGGUGACGAAGGUGACAAUAACAUUUUCAAUGAAUAUACCUACAACAAUAUCAAUGAAUAUAAUAAUAUUAUUGAAACAAUAUUAGUUUUAUCAUACUAUGAGAAUAAAAAAGUUCAACUACACUCUUUAGAUGUAUUAUUCAGCUAUAUAAGACUAAACAUAAAUAACCAAAAUCUAUUAAAACAAAACUGUGGUUUCAUUAAAAGAAUCUCCUCAAUCCUAGAUCAAGAGACAAGCGAUAUAAACUUAGAUAUCCGUAUUAAAAAGACUUGUAUGUUUAUUAUCCAUUUUUUAAUAACUAAUCCUGAUCCAUGUACUCAAAUAGUUUUAAAUAGUGAUGCUCCUCAAAAAGCCAACUCAUUUAUUAUUCAAACAUUAGAAAAAAACAAUUAUAAAAUUGUUCAUAAUAGUAGAGAACAAAGUAUAAUAGCAAGUGGUUUAGGAAUAUUACGUGGAGUAGUUACCAAUGGUACUCAAAAACAUAGAAACAAUAUUGUAAAGGAAGGGUGUUUAAAAUAUUUAUCAAAGCUUCUAUUUAUCCCAUCAUUGGUACCAGGAAGGGUAUAUGAAAUCUUAUUUUGUUUAGAAGGACUUUUAAAAGCUGGCAACAAAAGUGAAAAUGAAAUAGUAGAUUUGACCACAAUGGACAACAAACCCCUUUGUUUAAAUAAUUCUUAUGUAGAACUUUUUAUUGAAAACAAUAUUUUUUCAGAUCUUGCCAAAUUCCGUAAUGAAAAUAAAGAUAAUAUAAACCUAGCGCUCUAUGAUAAAAUUUUGCUUUCAAUUAUAUUAUCUCAUGGAGAAACCUACCAAUUAAAAAAAUCAAGAAAAUCAUAUAAAUAA